GAUUGGUAUUUUUUGUUUAUCCGUCCGAGUGUAACAACCGUGUUUGAAACCAAGAAAUGGGUUUAUAAUUGGCCCAAAUCAAAGGCUGGGAUGGGUCGACACAAUAUGUAGCAGCAGAAAAUGUCACAGCGCGAUUUCUCGGAGGUGGAGCCAACCGGCUCUGCAUCUCUGGGAGCCGCGUCGAGAGCGCUUUUCGUGGAGAAAGUUAGAGCUUCGAACGCAGCAUGCCAAUCCGGGGACUUCUCAACAGCAGUAGCCUUAUACACCGACGCCUUGACUUUAGACCCGGCUAACCACAUAUUAUACAGCAACAGGUCAGCUGCGAGGCUAAAGCAAGGACAGUUCGCGGCCGCCCUGCAAGAUGCAACGCGAGCGCGGGAACUUUGCCCGAACUGGCCCAAAGCCUAUUAUAGGCAAGGUGUCGCUCUACAAUGCCUGGGUCGACAUGGUGAAGCUCUGGCCGCAUUCAGUUCAGGAUUGGGGGUGGAGCCAUCGUCACGACAGCUCCUGGCCGCUCUUGUGGAGGCUUCCCUCAAGUCUCCUCUACGAGUUACACUAGAACCCACGUUUAGACAACUGGAAGCUAUGAAAUUAGAUCAGUCGCCCUUUGUAUUAAUAUCGGUUGUUGGUCAAGAGCUUUUAGCGGCAGGGCAGUACCAGGCGGCAGUCACUGUCCUAGAAGCUGCAUUGAGAAUUGGAUCCUGUUCCCUAAAAUUAAGAGGUUCCGUCUUCAGUGCCUUAUCAUCGGCACACUGGGCACUCAGUCAGCUGGAUGCGGCUAUCAAUUACAUGCAGCAAGACCUUGCCGUGGCCAAGUCACUAGGUGACACUGCUGGAGAAUGUAGAGCGCAUGGUAACCUCGGCGCCGCAUACUUCAGCCAAGGUUCAUACAAGGACGCGUUGACCGCUCACCGAUACCAACUAGUGCUGGCUAUGAAGUGCAAGGACACGCAAGCAGCUGCUGCGGCGUUGACCUCUUUAGGUCAUGUCUACACAGCAAUUGGCGACUACCCGAAUGCUCUGGCUAGUCACAAACAAUGUGUACAGCUGGUUAAGCAGAUGGGAGAUAGACUGCAAGAAGCUAGAGAAAUAGGCAAUGUCGGAGCUGUAUAUUUAGCUAUGGGCGAAUUUGACUCCGCGGUCGAUUGCCAUACCCAGCACUUAAGAUUAGCGAGGAGAUUGGGAGAUCAGGUGGAAGAAGCGAGAGCUUACUCAAACCUCGGCUCGUCAUACCACUAUAGGCGUAACUUUACACAAGCAAUUGCGUACCAUGAAAAUGUUUUGAGAAUAGCUCAAAAUCUAGGUGACAGAGCGAUUGAAGCUAGAGCUUACGCCGGUUUAGGACAUGCAGCAAGGUGUGCUGGUGAUUACGCACAAGCUAAGAAAUGGCACGAAAGGCAGCUAGACGUCGCUUUAGCGGCCAGGGAUAAGAUCGGUGAAGGUCGAGCAUGCUCGAACUUAGGUAUCGUAUACCAAUUGCUAGGUGAACACGACGCAGCACUUAAGUUACAUCAGGCACAUUUAUCAAUCGCUAGACAACUACAGGAUAAAGCCGGCAUGGGGCGGGCUUACGGCAAUAUCGGUAAUGCGUAUUCAGCGGCAGGCUUUUAUGAACAAGCCAUUAAGUACCAUAAACAAGAACUGACGAUAUCUAAAGAGGUUCACGAUCGGAGUUCCGAAGCCUCCACACAUGGCAAUCUGGCUGUUGCUUACCAAGCAUUAGGAGCGCAUGAUAUGGCGUUAUUUCAUUAUAGAGCACAUUUAGGUAUAGCACGCGAACUAAAAGACGCGGCAGGAGAAGCUUGCGCUCUACUUAAUCUUGGAAAUUGCUUAUCAUCAAGAGGAGAGUUCGCUCAAGCGGUGCCAUACUAUGAGCAACAUCUAAUGCUUUCUCAAGAGCUUGGAGACGUUAUUGCCGAAGCAAAAGCGUGUCACUUCUUAGGAUACGCUCAUUAUUGUCUAGGAAAUUAUAAGGAGGCCGUAAGAUACUACGACCAAGAUUUAUCACUAGCGAAGGAUCUACAAGACAAAAUGAACAUGGGAAGAGCAUAUUGCAACCUCGGCCUAGCACACCUCGCACUAGGCAAUCUUGAAACUGCGCUAGAAUGCCAGAAAUACUUUUUGGCUAUAGCUCACAUGACGCAACAUUUACAAGGGAAAUUUAGAGCACUUGGGAAUAUCGGGGAUGUUUUAAUUAAAAUGGGAGACGUGGAAGAAGCGGUCAAAAUGUAUCAAAGACAACUUGGAUUUGCCAGACAAGCUCGUGAUCGAUCUCUGGAAGCUGCAGCGUGUGGGGCAUUAGGAUUGGCGCGUAGAUUACAGAGAAGAUUAGACGCAGCCUUGGGACACCAUACACAGGAAUUAACCCUUCGUCAAGAGGCGGGCGAUGCAGCUGGCGAAGCAAGAGCACAUUCUCAUUUAGGUGCCGUACAUAUGGCAUUGGGGCAUUAUUCUCAUGCAGCUAGAUGCUAUCGGGAGCAACUGGAGAGGGCUCAAGAACUUCAAGACUGUGCCCUUGAAGCUCAAGCUUAUGGAAACCUUGGUAUUGCAAAACUCAACAUGGGCCACUAUGAAGAUGCUAUUGGCUAUUUGGAGCAACAAUUAGCGAUAUUAGAGCGUGUGAACUCACCAACUUGCCAGCUUGAUAAAGCAAGAGCACUUGGUUCACUUGGAGAUUGCUACGAUGCUCUCGGUGAUCCCGAUGAAGCAGCGAAAUACCAUGAACAACAUUUAGCUGCAGCACUUAAAUUAGAUAAUACGAGGGAACAAGAAAGAGCAUACCGGGGACUCGGACUAAGUCAUAAAUCAGUUGGCAAUCUUCAACAAGCUCUUGUGUGUCUCGAGAAACGACUUGUAGUAUCUCACGAACUAGGCAUACCUGAGGCAAAGGCGCAGGCUUAUGGAGAACUUGGUGCCUUACACAUUGCUCUUAAUAAUCUUGAACAAGCCGUCUCUUGUUUAGAGCAUCAAAAGAGUAUUGCCAAGGAAUUGAAUAAUCAAAUAAUGGAAUCAGAAGCUUGUCAUACACUCGGUGUAGCACAUCACGCUCUCGGCGACCAUGCAGCUGCUGUUAGGCAUCAUCGAACGGAGCUUGAACUAGCUCAUAGACUUGGGCUCACACAUUUACAGGCUCGAGCAUGUGGUGGAUUGGGCGCAGCUCACGCGGCGCUUGGUGCACAGGCUGAAGCAGCACGAUGGCACGAGUCACGUCUGCGACACGCGACAGCUGCUGGCGAUUCACGUGGAAGAGCCAACGCAUUAGCGGAUCUUGGUCGAGCACAUCUUGCGAUGGGUGCCUGUGGUAGUGCAGUGUCUUACUUACGUCAGGCACUUGCCGCUACUGAAGGACUUGCUGACGCAGAUGAAGAGGCUCGAGUGCGUCACAGGCUUGGUUUUGCACUUUGGGCCUCAGGGGAAUUAGAAGAGGCAAAGGAACAGCUACAUGGGGCACUAACAGUCUUAGAAUCUGGUAAUGAAAAGCACAGGGACAAGAAAACCAUCGCCUUGCAUACCUCAACACACCAUGCCCUUCAAAGAGUUCUUAUUGAACUUGGACGUCAUCAUGAAGCGCUUGUAGUCGCUGAACGUGGACGGUGUCGUUUACUAGACAACGUCACAGACAAACAAACUAGUGCUUUAAACCAAGCAAAUCUUGAGUUACAUACUGCCCAAAGGAACCUCAAUGAAGACGUCACCAAGGAUCGAACAGAAUUAUGGAGUCCAUCGACUGUAGAUCAAGUCCUGGAAGUAGUGAAUAAGCAGAAAGCUCCCGUAUUGUAUUACAGCAUCGCAGCUGGAAGGUUAUACUCUUGGUUGCUUCAACCUCAUAAAGGUAUUCUGAGAUUCCACCAAACCUGCCUACUUGAUCAAUCAGAAGACGGCGAUAAUAGUCUCCCAGAUAUAAGUCCUGACGAUCUUCAAACAAACACAAGUGCAGGCAAAUUAGAAAGAUGGAUUAAGGAGUGGUCCGCUUGGUUGAAAACAUCUGCCGAUCGAAGAGAAGACGAUCAGUGGGACCCAGAUGAUCGUCCAAGUACAGGCCUUGCAAGGAUGGUUACACGAAACCAUCUGUUAAAUUCUUCGAACUAUUCACUGAGCUCUUUGUUCAGUGUAGGUUCUGUUGGUGGUUCAGUUGCUGGCUCGGUAGCCAGCCUUCAAGGCUCUACAAGAUCCAGUGUGCAUGGGCCCAGAAAGAAGCAGCCCUCAUGGCAAGGCCCUCCAUGCCUCAACUCAUUAUAUCAGAUGCUUAUUGCGCCAUUCGAAGAUCUGCUACCGGCUUCCUGCAAUAAUAAUAAUGCAACACACGGUCGUCGUGGAUGUGGAGGUCGACGUGAGAUAUCUCUCGUGGUUGAAGGAGCUCUGUACGCAUGCCCCUGGGGAGCAUUGCGUGGUACCACAGAUACAGAACCCUUAUGCGAGCGAUACUCCCUUCUUGUUGCUCCAGCACUACGUCCGCUCAGACACACUCGUCACGUGAGGACUAAACCGCAUCCUGAACAUGGUGGUGCAAAUGCUAACAACGCAGAAGCGGGCAUGCGAUGCCUGGUAGUGGGCGUGCGUUGGGGAGCAGCGCAUGCGCUACUCAAGGAAGCAGAGCUGGUCGCAGAUAUGCUACGUGUAACACCACUAACUGACUACCAGGCAUCAAAGGAAACAGUCCUGGCUCAACUCCCACAAGCAGAAUGCGUCCACUUUGCCACACACAUCUGCUGGAAAACUCCUGGCAUCGUUCUCAGUCCCGGAGAAGUGGUGGAUUCGCAAGCCAAGCGGCUACUGAAUACUAGCGUUGGUAGUGGAGUUGUAGAUACAUCAACGGAAAAUGAAGAAGACAAUGCCGAACUACCUCCAAGUAACGAAGAAUUGCCACCCGCCUCUGAGUUUAUGUUGACUGCAGCUGAAAUUAUGAACUUGAAAAUCACCGCUAGACUGGUGGUAAUUUCAUGUGCUCCAUCAAGUGCAGCGCUGCAGGAUUCAGAUGAUCCAGAAUCAGUAACGCAAGCCGGAGAUGGUGUUUCUCGAUUAUGCAGAGCUUUCUUAGCUGCUGGAGCUCAAGCUAUAUUAGUCACUCUAUGGCCUUCUCCUCAGGACACUGCGACAAAGAUUUUAUACAGGGCGUUGUAUUCAGCGCUUUUACAGGGAAGCAGGGUAGCAAAAGCUCUUGGAGAUGCCAUGCAGACAGUUCGUCACACGAAACACUUUUCGCAUCCUGCACAUUGGGCUGGCCUAGCUCUAUUAGGAGCUAAUGUACGCCUGAGCAACAAAGUCGCCCUUAUGGGUCAAGCACUAUGUGAAUUGCUAGCCGCUCCAGACAAAUGCAGGGAUGCAUUACGAGUUUGCUUACACUUGGUUGAAAAAUCUCUCCAACGGAUAGUAAGAGGACAGAAAAAUGCAAUGUACACAACACAAAAGAGCAUCGAGAACAAAGCUGGGACUACCACAGGUUGGCGGGAACUAUUGAUGAGUGUUGGAUUUAGAUUUGAACCAGCAGCGAACGGCAUACCCUCAAGUGUAUUCUUCCCCCAAAGUGAUCCUGAAGAAAGAUUAACACAGUGCUCGGCCAGUCUUCAAGCUUUGUUGGGAUUAACUCCAACAACGCUGCAAGCAUUAUCGAAACUUCUAUCGAACGGUAGUGAUGUAGCAGACGAUAUAAUUGGCGUAGUUCGGUCUGUUAUAUCGCAAUUCUCCGUGAAAAGUUCUGAAAGUGAGACAAUUGAGGUUGCUGUUAAUGUCAGGUUAUGGCGAGUCAACGGCUGUCACGAACUUUUGGCCUCCCUCGGCUUCGACUUGGCUGAGGUUGGUCAAGAUGAAGUUACUCUACGGACGGGCAAAACAGCUAACAGACGCCACAUACAGUUUGUUUUGCAGGCUUUGCUUGCUCUCUUUGAUACGCAGGAGGCGCCACGUAGUCUUAGUUUGGAGUCUAGCUCAAGCGUUGAAUCCUUGGCAUCUAUAGAUGAUGGUGACUUAGAACCACAUUCCGAUGGCGAACCACCACCGAGACAACAUAGACAAGAAAGCGGCUCAGCCGUUCCACCUCCUCCGUUGCCUUUAGGAUCUUGUGGAGGUGCUUUCACAAUGUACGUUCGCGGCACAUCUUCCGCAGCUGAAGUUGGUCGUGGUGAACCUGAUGGCAGAACAGCCCCGCCUCCUGCACCCCCACCACCCAGGUAUAGAGGUGAAAGUGAUGCCGCCUUCACCCCAUCACCGCCUGCAGCUGCACCUCCAAACUCCACAGCACCUCAGAGAGACGUAUCUUUGGCGUUGGCUCAUCAAACCAAAAUUAGAACUCUGUACACAAGACGACCUCCUUCAACAGAUGACUCCGAUUGGGAAAGUUCUGGCCAUGACACAGUCUUACGUAGACGUCCGGAACAUCCCCAUCAAAGAUAUUUAGACGCAUUUUACGAUUUAGCAUCAGCGCAAACUCGGCGAGCUGAUGAUGAAAAAGCAGACCAAACGAUGAAUCAACCAUCAACAUCAAAGAGAGCUCCGAGACCUAAAAUGGGUACGAACAGUCGCGACUCUAUGGCACAAGUACGACAUAUGAGUGGAGAACUAACUCCUACUAUAUCAGAAGUUUACCAUGAGAGAAAUAUAGGAUUAGGUCUAGCCCCACCACUAGCAGAAUUGCUUUUGUCUGAAGAUUCAAAGACUGAAAUGAGAACUGCCAGUUCGAGUGAAAAUUUACUUCUGCAGAAUUUAGAAAAAUUAGGUCUACUCGGAGAGUCCAGUGAAUCAGAAGAUAGGUGGUGUAGUGGAAACGCUUCUCGACCUUGGCUAUCAGCACCUCCUUUAGAGACCGAUAUCCAAAGUUCAGAUUUGACAACCGCAGAAAUAAUAGAACGCAAGAGUAAGUUCAAGAAAGACAUCGAACCCAAGAGAAAAGAAGAGAACGUAUAUGAUUUAAAACCAAAGGACGAUACAGUGGGGUCGAGCGGAGUAGAAAAGCGAUCUGUAUCUCCAUUCUCAGAACUUUCUAGAAGGGAUGAGGGUGAUGGCAGGAGUAUUGCGGAUUCUCAUUCAUCUUAUAAAGCACUUGUUUUAAAUCCCAGAGCGCCAUAUUUGCCCGAGGAAGGAGAAUCGGGAAUAAAUGCAGGUAAUGAAGGUGGUAAAACGCACCCAAGAGUAAGACGACCUCCUGUUCCCAGAGGUAGACCAACGUAUACAACACUUGAUUUUCCACCGCAUAAGUUAUAGAUAUUACGUUAGUGAACAAGUCGUGAUUAUUAUAAACUAGAACGUAAAUGUAGAGACGAUAUUGUUUAUAUUUUGUAAUGGAAUUAGACGGCUAUGAUUUCAUAAUUAACUU